UGUUUUUCUAGUGCAUGCCUGUUUCCGGCAGUACAACAAAUUUCUUUUUAUGCAAGGGGCACGGAAAUUAGGAUAUUUAUAUAAAUAGCGAAGAAGCCCUUUAAGGCUCAUACAUUCCACCAACACCCUGGAAUGGACCCACAGCAGCAGUUUUGUCUAAAGUGGAACAGUUUUGGAAGUAAUCUUGUUUCCGCUUUUGACAAUCUCUUCAAAUCAGAAAGCUUAACAGAUGUCACGCUAUUUUGUGAAGGUGUAACAUUCAAGGCUCACAGGAUCAUCCUGGCGGCGUGCAGCAAACACUUCCAGGAGCUAUUUGAGGCAGCGCCGCACUGUCCCAGCGUCCUGGUCAUACUGGACGGCACUAGCUCGGCCAACAUGUCCGCGUUGCUGGAGUUCAUGUACAAAGGCGAGGUUCACGUCAAGCACGAGAGCCUCUCUAGCUUCCUCAAGGCAGCCGAGUGCUUACAGGUUAAAGGUCUAUCAAUAGAACAUGAAAAGAUGGCCGAAGCUCAAAGUGAUGUCAAGUUUGAGCCGCGACUCGAUUCACCAUCGCGGGCUAGUAAACAGAGCAAAACUAAUACAACAGAAUCAUCGAAAGAACAGAGCGAAGAAUCUCCGACGAACAGUAUGCAUCCACCGUCCACGUCGUCGUACACGCCCGUCAUGAGCCCGUACAUGCAUCACUACAUGCACCACUACGACUCUCGUACCGGGGCCCCCACACCCUCCUCGCCCUACGACUCCCUUCCUAGGAAACGUCCCCACCGCUCACCAAGUGACUCGUCCAUCCGAGCCUCAGUACUGAGGGAUGGCAGCAAGCCAGAGCGUGAGUCUCCUCUAUCACUCACAUACUCCCGCUCUAGCACCCCACCUCACUCUGAGUAUCACCCUUCCCGUCACCCCUCAUCUCCUAGUGGGCCCAGAUACGAAGUCAGUGGAGACAACCAGACGAAUGUUACACCUUCAUCUUCUGCUGGACCACUUGUUCCCUUUGUCAGAUCUGCUGCUGUGGAAUCAGAAACUCCUGCCGAUGCCUGGAACUCAUCAUCCAGUUGUCCUGAAGAUUUACGAGUGAAAUUAGUAUCACCGGUGACAGAGAGGAUAAAGUCCGAGUGGGGUGGAUACAGCAACAACGAAGGUGCGGCUGGAGCUGCAGCUGAACCGUCCACUCCUGAGCGGAUGCCGGCCAUCAUGUGGCCUCUGAAUGUCAACUCUGGAACCAGCACCAAGAUGGCGACCGCUCACAAGACCUCAGCGACCACUACACCGGAUGGUAAAAAACUACAAUGCCCAUUUUGCGAGCGCUUGUACGGCUAUGAGACAAACCUGCGGGCGCACAUUCGACAGCGCCACCAAGGAAUCCGCGUGCCGUGUCCCUUCUGUUCACGGACCUUCACUCGCAACAACACAGUGAGACGACACAUUGCGCGGGAACACAAGACGGAGCUAAGUCCCUUUCAACAAACUGAGCUCAGUCCUCUGCAGCAGACAGAAUUGGCAUCCUUCCAGCAAACUACUCAGGUUCAGAACCACAACCAGUAGCUACCCGACACUAAAUACCUCAUUCGAUCUUCUUUUCUAUCGCAUAUUUAAAAUAGUUAUAUAUAUAUACAGAUGCAUUAUACAAGUUAUUAUUACCGUUGUUUAUCGCCGGUCGGAGGUCUGCGGAACCCCUCGCCACGAAAUGUGCCUCCGAAGUGUGUUAGUGUAGAUCGAAUUAUAUUUAUAGGUGAUUAACACACAUUCGAAAGUGGCAGAGGGCUCCCGAAUCCCACCGACCGAAACUGUUAGCGAACUAGUCAUUUCGAGUGCAACUCUUCACAAUCUUUGUUUGUAUUAUAACUGAAAUCAGCCCUCCCUAUCGAGUCACACGAGAUCGUGCCAAACCCAUCUUACCUCAGUAAAUGUCACGCCUCGAGGGGAGGUUAUUAUUUUAGGCGUUUACUUUUCGCUCCUAGUCAGACCUCUCCUAGCGUAGUUCUAGUUUAUUUUUGCAGUAUUCGAUCCGUAUCCGCACUUCAUUUCUUCUUUCUAUCCAGAUCUGAUCUCUAUCUCUCUUGUUUACUAACUGCAGAUUCGGGUUUGAUGUCAGAGUAUAACAUACUGAAAUGUCUUGUAUUUUAUAACACUUGUUUUUAUGUAUUCUCAACCGACUCAGGAAGUCCCAUGUACAAAUCAGGUUAUAAUAAAUAGUUUAGAGCCGCUUUAUAAGUUAAUGUUGAUAAUAAUGUUAUCGGAUGUUGGACACUGUUGUUAGUCCGUUUCCCACUUGUUGUUGCCUGUUAAACAAUUUUGUUAAAAUUCCAUUAACUGACUCCUUCAUGAUAUAGUACAAAUAAAACGGUAUAAUCUAAACCUUGACUCCUGUCUUUCACUCUAUUACAUCUGUUAUCAAUCAAACCAGGGAGUUACUAGUCUGGUUAACUGUUAAGCUAAUAAUUUUAUUUAACAUUUUUAUAUAUAAGAUUAUGCCAUUUGUUUUUUUAAGUGUAACACAUUAGAUCAGACAGGACAAGGUUUGGAUUUUUACUGUAUGGUGGGACGGACUUCAAUAGUGACCUUGUUAACAACAGUACAAUUCCCGCAAGUGUCUUUAUUUGUUCUGCUGUGGGUUGUUUGCUGACUCAUGCAUUUUUGUUGAUUACCUAUAUAAAAUAAUAUUCACCGAUAUUUUUAUUCAAUUUUGAGUUUAAACAAUUGUUUUCAGUUCUAUAAGAUUAUAUCAAUUUUGCUUUUGUAGUGUUAUUCUUCUUUGUCUAUUUAAAAAUUUUAUUUAGGUUUUUGGUUUGGGGAUGCAGAUUUUAGUAUCGACUAACACGGUUAGUCCGUAAGAGAAACGCAUCUGGUCGCGUCACGGGCUAACGUUUAUUCUUCGUGUCAUCACAUAUUGCAUUUUAAUAUAAUAUUUAUUCUGUACUAUACAAGCGAUGCCGCUUGGUGUGAAAACGGGUAUUAUAUAGUGCUCGUCAAGUACAACUUAAAGUAAACUGUUUUCCUUCAUCUGAUUUUUAAUGUUACUAAAUGUUUUGUGGUGUAAUCGGUCGUUUAUUGGAAGAGGUACUCUCAGUCGGCUAAGUCUCUACUUCUCUAUGUUCUAUCUGUGUCCCUCAUACUCCUGCUUCCUAUCCUCUCUCCUCUCUCCAACAUUCCAUUAUGGAAAUGAUAUCCUCUCAGGAAAAAGCUCAGGGAAUAUUUUGCAUAUGACACUGCCAUUUAUGCAAAUAAAAGUGCACUGAUGUGGCACGUAACUUAAGAGUACAAAAUAUCCUCCUCCUAAACCCCUUAUCCUUGCUUGUAUAGUAUUAAAUUUAUGUAGUUUAGAUUUAAGUAAGUAUUCGGCAAGUAUGUGUGAUCACUCACAAAUAGUACAAAUACCUACCUCACUAUUUAGCUCACCCUUCUCUGGGGUGUUGACACCGCAUGCGCAAUAUCGUAGUCUAUUAUUAUUAUUAUUAAUUAUUAAUAUUAUUAUAUUUAAAUAUAUAUAUUUUACAGGAACGUUACUCAGGAAUCAGAUUCAUAAGUUUAUAUAGUCGUUAUACCAUUUUCUACCUCAUUUUAUUCUGUUUACCGUUUGUUGUGAGUGUUUAUUUUUGUUAUGUACGAAUGUGUCUAAUGGGUCCAACGCUACAGAGAGAACCUCUUCCAUUAGUUGUAGUUUCUAUUUCUUUGACUACUGGUGUACUUAUAUCGAGUAAUACUUCUGUGUUGUAUUACAUCGGGCAUAAUGCAAUACGAUCCGAUUGUACAUAAUUUUUUACACAUAUUUUAUACAUGAGAGCAAAUACAUAACCCCUUAUAAUCUGAAAUAGGACAGUUGUUGAGUAUAGUUCUAAGCUAAUACACGAUACAUUUUCCUUUAAGAGCUGUAAAUAAUUAUAUGUGCGAGGUAGGUAGGAUGCUGAAAACUCACAGUUAGCCUUGUAAGGGUUGAACGUUCCAACGGCUGAGUCGGGCGCUGGUAGUGGUGAGGCGGUUAAAGCCCUAGUGAAUAAGUGAUAUGUAAAGGGCAAGGAGGGUUAGCUGUUUCAUAGUGUAAAGAAUACUAUUAGUGUAUAAAGAAAUAUUUCACUGUAGCUUUUUAAGUAGAAGACAGCGACACUCAUUUGUUGUUGUCCAGGAGGUAAAUUUUGAAACAAUAUGAAUACAUUAUUUAGGUUAGGUUUCAUAUAAUACUAAAAGUACAAAUUAGUGUCUUCAUUUAAUGUGUUAACAUUGUUAAAAAAUUUACAUAAAACGUUAUUCGUGUUCUCAUCUAAAGCGUUACAAAAUUUUACAUUGUGUGUGUGAUGUUUAUUUUAUUAAGAAGUAGAAUCGAUCAGACCUGAACUAGUGCCUGUAAGUUUGUAAUUUUAUAAGUUAAUUUCCUAAAGUAUUGUCAAAGAUGUAAAACACCAAAGAGUCAGAGUGUGAAGACUGACCUCACCUCCGUUGUCGCCGCUACCGAGCGUCCGUCUCUCAGAGUGAUAGUUGUAACGUAGCGCUGUUGGACCGAGGGACCCGGAACCGUUGCAUAUUGUUUCUGUAAAUAUAGUCAUAGUAGGACGAUCGGUUGCGUGGGUGUUGUCGAUAGCUGGCGGUGCCAUUGAGAAGACUGAUUAUUACAUCGGUUCCGAACGCUAUCGGCAACACUCAUUUUUUUACUCUUCACUUUUCAGCAUCCUACAAACCCUAUUUAAUGUAACAGUUAUAUACAUUUUUAUUUAUAAUUUGUUUCCAAGAUUUUAGUAUAUAGACAUUUUAUAUUGCAAAUCAAAUAUACACAACCGUAUAUAUUAUAUAUUUUCCUACAUGCUGUUCAUUAGAUCACAUUGUUAUGUUGAAAUAGUUUUUCAUAUAUAUAGUAUCAAUUGUAUUCGUAUAUUUCUCAGGGAUUUACCAUUUACAUGUAUUAACGAAUGGUAUUACUGGUUACCAGUCUAAUUUUGUUGGUUAAUUUUAUAAUAAUUGUUUAUUUUUCAGUUGCUAUUUUUAUUUGUUGUUGUGGUUUUUUAUAUUGACUUAAUGUACUAUGUUCUGUUGCUCCAUAUCAAAUAUAUAUUGAUAUUUAUUGUUUCUUGUAGAAAUUGGAUCAAUUGCCGUAGGAGUCAAGGCAUCUUUAGUGUUUUCAGAAUAUAAAAAAAAUAUUCUCCUAAACCUUUUUGU